GCGACAUAUUUUGUAUGGUCACCGCAUGAGUUGGCAGUAGGUGAUUAGUGUUUAAGAGUCAUGGUUGGAGAGGAUGUGACUGGAGUCUCCUCGGAGAGAUCCAGUCUGUUUAUUUAUACGAUACACAUGAUUUGAAACCGAAUACUCAGUGUUAUCUACCUUGAACUUUCCUAAGACUGAGUCACUAUGUUCAAGAUUGAGUCCUAUAUUGCCCCACUCUUGAUGGGAUAUGUAGAUAAGUAUGUGAAACUACGUCCUGAAGAUUUCCAGCUGUCCCUCUGGGGUGGGGAUGCUGUUUUGAACAACCUUAAUUUGCGGCUCGAUGCCCUUGAACAAGCAAUUAAUUUACCUAUCAGCUUCAAAAGUGGACACAUCCAUGAACUUCAUCUUCAUGUACCAUGGACACGGCUUGGAUCGGAACCUGUUGUGAUUACUGUCAACACCAUUGAAUGUAUUGUCAGGUUAAAAGAUAGCACUUGGGAUAGUGACAAGAGAAGUUCUAAAUCAGAGAGCUCUACCAGGUCUACACCACAGACUUUAAAGAUUAAGCCUAAGAGGCAACCUGUAGAGGAAGAGCUUCCACCUGGGUACCUUCAGAGCCUUGUCAACAAAGUCAUCAACAAUGUCAAUAUUAUUGUUAAUAAUCUCAUACUGAAGUUUGUCGAAGAUGACAUUGUUUUGUCUGUAAAUGUCAAGUCUGCAGAGUGCUACAGUGUCAGCCCUGGCUGGAACCGGGCAUUCGUUGAGGUCACUCCAGCUGAACUGAUUUUACGAAAAGUGAUAAAUUUUUGUGACUUGACAGUUUGUUUAGACAAAUGUGAUAGCAGUGGUCGAAUUGAAAUUUACCAGGAGCCACUACUGUAUCGUUGUUCCCUCAGUUGUCGUAUGCACCUGACCUACCAAAGUCCUCACUCUAAGUUGCCAUUAAUUACCAAAGUGAACAUCCUUUGUGAGAAACUUGAUGUGUCUCUGACAGACCUACAGCUACCCCUUGUUGUCAGGCUUAUUGAGCUGUGUUUGGCACUCUACUAUGGAACCUUGCAAUUACCAAAUGAAGACAGCGACAGUAAUGUGGAACCUGAUUCACAAGAAGUUUUUCGGCAGUCAGCAGUCUUGGCAGAAAGCCAGGAAGAAUCUGCCAUUUCAGAAUAUGAUGAUCAAGGUUGGGCAUCUUGGGCAUGGUCUUUUGUUCCUCAAAUAUUACCAGAAGAUUAUGAAGAAGAAGACGAGGAGGAAGACUCCUUAAAUAAACCUCGAAGAAAGCCAUCUCCUGCUGUGCUGUGUAUAGGAUUUUAUAUAAAAAAUGCAUCUGUCAUGUUAAAGUUGACGGAGACUGUAAGGGAGGCUGUGCAUUUUGGUCCAAGUCGGGUCUUGUUUCGACCUUUCAUCUUUGUGGAGGCAGGUGGCCUUGCUGUCAGUGUGGUUCUUUAUGGCCAUUCCUACCUGGACGUUCAGUGUGGCAUAACACAUAUUUGUAUGACGAGUCAGGGUCCGUGUGUGUGUUCUUCAGUGUGUAAUGAAAACAUCACUUCUCUAACACUCUUGAAAGGAGGUGAAUCUAUUGAUAACGAUGGAUCCCUUUGUUACCUAACCAAUUCAUUGUUUGACAUCGCCUGUGCUGAGAAUGUUCUUCAAACACCAUCCUUUAUAACUGAUUUUGAUAAACAUGUUGAAGUCUACACGGAACAGUAUGGAAUGCAAAAGUUUGGUCUCUUCUGGUUUGACUACCUUUAUACUGUAAUUGAACCAGAACGGAAAGCAGGUAGCAAAUCUUCAACAUCCAGUGAUGCCAACAGUACAGAAAAUGUAGCCAACAUCCGUGAGAAUGCCCUGCUGACAUUUCUGUUGGGUUCUGUUAUUGUCAAUGUAUCCAGUUCUUUUGUCCAUCGUUUACAGAAAGUGUUUUAUUGUGCUACUGACCAUGAAUACGAGCCUUACUGUCUUCCGAAAACAGAAUUGCUCAAUGACAACAGUCCUUUGCCGACGGUGGACCAAGUGAAGCACCUCGAGGAGUAUACACCUAUCAGAACAUACAAUGUAACUGUGUUGGAGCCAAAGAUAUAUAUUUUUGCAGCUGAGCACCCCCAGAAAACUAUCCAAAAGCACAAACGUCAAACGACGAGAAGCAGCCGGGCUAGCACCAAACGGUCAACUGAGAUGUCAUCAACUCCAUGUUCACUGCCAGCUGUAGUGGUGUCAGCUUCCCGUUUUGAGUUGCAGUUUUAUCAAGCCAUGUAUCCUCAGCAUGUUGUUCGACUGGUCAGUAAACUAGCUGGACCUUCUAGUCAGCUCAUGCAUAAUUGUUACACACACAUGCAACUAAGGCUGUUUGGUUUAUCUGUGGGUCUUUUGAACAUUGACAAAACUGGCAAGCCAUCUCAUACUGAAACAAUUAUUUCCCCUUGUAGUGGAUCAGUUUACAAGAAGUCUCUGCUUUUCCCAGAAAACUGGAAGAACCCUUAUUUACCAUCUGUUGAAUAUAUGGUUGAAGUUCCUCAAUUUAGUCUCAGCAUUAAGAAGGCACAUGUACAUUUCGUUUUCCACAUCUGGAAGACGUGGCUUGAGAAGAAACCAAAUGCAGCCUCUUCAGAAGCUUCUGACACUUUGUUCCAAGAUAUGGCGCAAUACAAAGAGCAUGAUAGCAGUAGCAGUUCCUACAAAUUCCUGCCAUUAUUUGAACUGACGUUGGGUACGUUUGAAAUGAGAUGUUGCCUCACGCCGUCUGCAAAUGCUUUCACGGGAACACUAACUAGUAUUCAAGCUGUCAUGUAUGUUAACAGUGGAGGCGGUGGUGGCAAAGGAUACAUCAUCCCUUUAAUUUCCGGACCAUCGCAAACAACAACUGUGACAUCAUCGUUGUUCUAUUCCGGCAAUGCUCCUCCGACUUUGGCAUCAUUAGACUCUGUCGACUGGCUCAGUUUCACUGUUCAACUACCAUCAAAGAUUGAUACACCAGAAGCUCCUGCAUUACUUCAGAUGAAUGUCUGUGGUUUGGCCAUCAUGUUAGAUUCUUCCAUAUAUCAGUGGCUUUCUUAUACUCCAAAGAGUAAAGUUAAUUUGAAAGUAACUCACCAACAGAGGCAGCAUCAAAAGACAACCAGUGUAACUAUUGAUCCUGAACUUGUACAGACUACAUCACCUUUACAAAGAAACCUCUCCCAAGCCUCAGUGGCAUCUAGUAGCUCCACAUGUCAUCCUACAACAGUAACUGGUCCAAGUCAGUCAGCUACCCAAACACAGUCUGCAUCUCAACAACCUAAAGAAAGCAUCCCAGAAUCAGGAAAACGUGAGGAUUUUUCUCAGAGUGACAACCUUGGCAACAGACUGGCCAAACAUUUCCCAUUAUUGCGCAUCAUGCAGCUUCAGAUCACCCUACAGCCAUGGUCUGUAUUCUUCCCAACCAAAAGCAUGCUUCAGUCUGAACCAAACAUGGAUAUACCAGGCAAUCUUAAAGAUGCUUUUAAUGCUGGAUUAUCUUGUGAUAUAUUGGUUGUAUGUCUUCCACACAUCACUGUACAUACUUCUGGACCACGUUCAAUAUUUAUGAUGCAAGAUAUUCCUGUCCGUAGUCUUGAAGGUUCACUUCUUGGUGACAAGUUACCAUGGACUAUCACAGUUAGCAACUAUUCCAUGUACAGUUUACACCCAAUGAAGAAAGCUUUCUCUUUAGUGAAACCUGGCAGUGUGUCAUGUACCGUGGCUGUGUCAACAAAAUACCAUCCGCCAGCAUCUGACAACAUUUCUUCUCUAGCCUUGUGUCUACAUCUUGACAUGCACAUCAUGAAGUUUGCUUGUUCUCUCAAACAGGUUCAGCUUUGUAUUUCUGUUCUAAAUCAAUUAAUUGUAGAAGGUAGCAAAAUAUCUACUCUGUCCAUCCCAAAGGCUUCUAGCCAGAAAGUGACCACUGCCGCAGAAAUGGCUGCUAGUAAACCUAAUCAGAAAGAUCUCACCAAUCAACAAAACCCAUCUGUAUUCUCUCAUAGCCACACCCAUGCUCAAACAUACAGCACCAGCAUAUCAAACGAUGCGGAUGUCACUGGUUUUACAGAGACAUCUGGAGAGUUUUCCCGAGAGGCCACACCUAUUCGGGAUCAGGAAAUGGAGGAUGACUCUUAUGCAGAGGGAGUGAAAUUGUCUCUGUGGUUACAGUGGACGUGUCCUAGCUGUGAAAUAAAAUUCUAUGGCACAGAUACUGUUAAAGAAGAAGAAAACCAAAUAGUUUGCUUGUCAGAGGAACUGGCAAUUUCCAUCGAUGUCCAAGAGAUAUACAUCAAGGCCAAAGCUAACGUUGGCUCUGUCAGUAUAACACAGCAUUUCAGAAGGUCUGACAGUAAUAACUGGAGAAAGGGACCUUAUGAGGGUAUAAUACUUUCUUGUACUCCUGAUUUAGUGUCAAACACCCAGAUUGUUGGACCCCGUCUUUGGUCUUUAUCCGACAAUGGUCUUCAGACGUCUACCGUCAAUUUGUUUCAGUCAACUACAGAUCAACCAAGAGAGAAAAGGCAUGGUUUUCUCUCAUUGACAUUUACGCGAGCUUUGUGUAAAAAUGUCAAGAGGCGGCUUUGUAAAUUAAACGUUGAACUUAUUGGCCUUCAUGAUAUCGAAGCAUCGAGUUCUGGUGAAAACCUCUACUUCCAUAAGUACAUUUCUGAGGUAUGUCUAAGUAUGGAACCGUGCGAUGUGGUAAUUUACUUGCCAGCCAUUAAGUCCGUGUUUGAUAUUGCCGAGCUUUCUCUGUUGAUGUCAAGUUUACACAAACUUUGCAGAAGUGGAGUAACCACGCUUACAGAGAGUGAAGCCGCCCAAAAAGCUCCUUCAUUUUCUUUCACUACAAGCAGCUUGCCGUUAAUGUAUGUCAAUCUGUCUUGCUUGCGUAUGUUCUUUCCCAAUGGUCAAAGUGGACCUGAUGCUAAAACUCUGAAAAACAUGUCAAACGCAACUAUGGAUCACGACAUGCUAUUACUUCAGUUUCAUCUGUUGAGCUUAUCGUCUCAAGCCGACAAUCCUCUGCCUCGCUAUGUAGUAUGCAAACAUCUCUUUGCUCAUGCACUUCAAGCUGGGAUCACUCACCAACCUGGAUCAGCCAUUGAAGAUAGACAAUAUCAAUUUGAUAUCAAAGGGCUUUCCCUUUCUUCUGGGCGUUGGCAAGAUUUUGUCAAAAAGAAUUCCAAAAGCACUGGAUUUCCUGAGACAGUCUCUCCUACUGUUCAAAUCCCAGCACUUGAAUGGAACACACUUCAAUACCCAAACCAACGAGAGAACGUUGAUGUAAUUUUGGUUCCUCUAGCAUACAAUUUCAACCUAAAAGUGGUUGUAGCUCCACCUAUUGUCUACAACAGGCCAACUAAUUUGGAGCAGAAACCUCAGGCGGACUUCCUUGUGUGUGGAGCUGCUCUUGAAGUAAAUGUCACCACUGAACUAGAUUUCUUCAUCAGUAUUAACCAGAUCUCAUUAUUACAGCAAGUUAUCAACAAGAACAUAUCUUGUUUCUUCGAAAUUGAUAUUCCCAAAGGAAGUGUGCAGCAAAUGGAAAAUGCUGAUCGUUUGGGUCAUGUUUUCACUGAGAGUUCCCAAGUGGCCGACAGUGGUCUAGGAAGUGAAAUAUCAACAACAACUAACUACAAGGGGAUGGAAAGUUUACAUAAAACCUCUCGACACACAGCUACGUCAUUAUCAUGUUCCUCUCUUCCACCAAAGAAUCCUUUGAAACCAUCUUCCUCAAUAUCCCCUAUGUUGGCGAUGACCUUGGAAAUGCCUUUGGAAGUUUUACUGACAGCUGGUCGUAUAUCUUGCAUGGUUUAUUCCCAUCAGUAUUUACAAAGCAAAGAACAGCACGUGGGAGGUGUAAGUUCUUACCCAAGCAGCACACUUCCAUCAAUGUAUCAACAGCAUGUUCCAUCAUUAUUAAAGUCUUUCAGUGUAGGUGAACAGAUGUCAGCCAUUGAUGGAAUUUUUAACAAACCCGAUGAACCCACUUCUUCACAGAUUAAGGUCAGCCCGUACAUUGUGCCUUACCUUUACUUGUACUUCUCUCAACCACACACAGUGGUUGCCUUGCAGCCUGAAGGUCAGAAGUUUGAAAUGUCCUUCUAUGACGUCAUGGUGAAAGGACCAUCUGCCAGUCAGAAGCUUUUAGUUGAUGCCAAUAAGUUAUUACCAGAAUAUGCUGACUUCAACCAGUGUUGGAUUGAAACUCGUGCUGGACAGCCCCAUCCAAAGACUGGUGUACCUCCAAGUUUUUUCACCCUGAGGUUAACAGAUUUUCUCCACAAACCAGCUCAUGUAUCAUUGUACAUGGAACGACCGUUGCAAUUAAACAUCAGUCCAGACAUGUUGCUCCUAAUGCAAGAACUCAUCAAUCAAAUUGAACAAAGCAUCAAAUUAAAUAGCAGGACAUAUCAAGACAAACAGUCAACAGAUAAUGCCAACUCUGAAGUACAAACCCCAAAACCUCAAGAAGCAACCUUCCAGUUUCUAUCAACUUUGAACUGGAUUGACCAGUUUUCACUUACCUCUGACCAAAUUGUUAUCUCUCUGGAAACGAAAAGUGCUGAUGUAUCUGCUGGACUUAUGGCAUCUCUAACUGCUAUAAACAUGGAUGUAACACUUAAUCAGUGUGAGAAUGGGGUCGUCAAUGAAAUUUUGAGCAAUCUCUGUUUAAAAGAUGUUCAACUGAAAACCUGCUAUUCAAAGCAACCACCAUUACCAUUCUUGGGACCAACAUCCCUCAAUUUUUCUACAGCAUCACAGCAAUGUGUCCAUAGUGGUCCUGACUAUUUACCAAAAACCGUACUUACACUUGAAAUGGGCCUGCUCCUUGUUCACUUUGGACAGGAGCAUGUUCUUUGUCUACGGAAUUUCACGGAACAGUUUUCUCAGGAAUGUAAGCCCCUCUUUGCAAAGCAGUCUUCUUCCAAGUCAGAAUCCAAACCAACCGUCAGUUCCACUAGUCAGGAUGGUUUUGUCACUAUGAAUACUGUAGAUGACUUGCGAACUGGAAAAUUUGAGUAUAUCAUUGACCCUGUGAUAACAGAUGGGCAUCCAGGCCCACACCAGAUAUUAUUCUGCAAUUGUGAUAAUAACGGUAACAGUUCAAUGACAUGGUGCUAUGAUCAGAGUCGUGUACUGUCUCAUGUCACCAUUUCACCUGUACCAUUCAGUCUUGUGGAUGAGUCCAGUAUUUUAGACCAACAACCAUCUCAGAUCCCGUGCACCCUGCAGUACUGGGACUCGUUGGUCAACCAGUUCUUUGCCUAUCAGAACUUCACACUGUCUGAAAACGAAAGCAGUACUUUGCCUUUACCUGAAGUAAGGGCCGUCAAUGGUCCUGAAUUGAUGGCUGCACAAAUGUGGCGUGUUGUCAUCCAUCAGAAAUAUACAGCCUGCCAUUCACACUCCUCCACAUCAUCAGGGGUUGAUGAUUUUGAUGGAAGCUAUCCGUGUGUGUUGCCAGCUUCCCUUGCAGCCUGCAUGCGUGUUGACUCAUGCUUCAUCCCCAGUCUUGUUCCAGUUGUCCAAGUGCUUGUUACCAUGCCAACACUCCUUUUGAAGUUCAGCAACCAUUUUAAUGUUUUAGGUCAAGAUGUACCAGAGAAACUUAAGCCAUUUACCUUCCAAGAUAAUGACCCCUCAGACCAAGAAUGGGGUGUGCUAAUAUUGGAAUCGCCAGCUGUGAUGGGAUCCUACUCUGGUGGACAUACUACAAAAACAUCAUUGCAAUUCUCCUGUGCCUGCCAGCUGGAUAUUGUAGAAUUCCGCUACCUCACUCAGCAGACUGUGGUGAAACCAUUCAGCUUACAAGGGGAAGUAACUAUAAUACCUGAUGGUGAGUGUCAGCUCAUCAGUGUUGACUGUAGUGUUGAUAACUUGAUGGUUCGUGUUGGAAAAGGGGCUGUACACACUCUACAUUGUACCACAGAAGUUUGGAAACAGUUCAUAAAACCAGCAGUCCUCUCAAGUUCCUGUAAUAAAGUUGUUUUCAGUCAUUAUAUCAUUUGUAAUGAUACCUAUAGUAUGAUAUGUUUUGGCCAGACUGGAACCACAGAAAACUUGGUUUUGAAGCCUGAGGAAAUGUACUGUUAUAGCUGGUGUUCACAGAAAACACCAACUCCAAUGUUGCAUGUGUGCGUUAAUGCAGAGACCUGGUUCUGGUGUGACCCAUUUUCUAUUGAUGAAGAUGGCAUCAUUGUCCGUGUUGUUGCAACCAAUUCUAGUAACUUGAAGUUGAUUAUCAAAGUAAAAGCAUUAUCAAAUGUUCAAAAACAGGUUAUCAUCCGUGGUCAGCUGCUGUUCUCUAACCGCCUCAGUCUGCCCCUGGAAAUGAAAGUAGUCACAAACAGACAUCGAACUACGUAUACAUCAACGACCCUGGAGGCAUCUAGAAAUGGCAGGUCGCUGAUUUACGAUGAAAGAGAACCAUGUGUUUUACGCUUGCGCCAGUCAGGUGUGCCAACGGCAUGGUCACAGGAGGUAUACAUCUGUGGUGAACGUAUGAAAGAAACUCGAUUGGUCAAGAUUCCUAUACUUGUAAAGAACCAGUACAUCCAUUUGUGGUGCCAUAUAUACUCUCAGGACUAUGGUCUAGCUAUCCAGAAAUUGAUUAUCCUGUCACCUUUGUUUGUUCUGAAGUCCCAUCUGCCUGUGCCACUGUACAUUGAUUUAGAAACACCAAAGCUAGGAAAGUUACAGCAAAUUGAGAUCCCGAGUGAAGGCCAGCCUUUUCAGCUGUCUUGUCUAGGUGGCGACAUCGUACAUUCCCUAACAUUUCAACUGGGAGAAAACUUGCAAAAAUCAACGCCAGCCAUGGCCAUCUCAACUGGAAUGAUAGAACAGGUUAAAAGAGCUCCCAUAGUAAAUCCUAUAAACAUUGAAACCUUGCUUGUUGAUUGGCAGAAGGACAUAGCACCACCAAAAUGGCCAUACAUUAAGAUUCAUGAUAAGUAUCGAGAUGUUGUUCCAGUUAAGGAGUCCAGUAACUAUAACCAUGCUAUAUCAGUGUCCGGUUCCAUAAGCAGCAAACCCGCUUCAUCCAAAGUUGAUGCAUUUAGUAUUGAUGUUGAUAUCAGCCUGACUGAAUACUGGCCUGGAUGCAGCACCGUGUUGUUAGACAUAGUGCCAUCAUACCUCUUCACUAACAACACAAAUGUACCUCUGGUUGUUAUUUCACCCCAUAAUCAACAAUGGAAUGUUCCACGUGGUGCUACCUUCACACCUACUGGAAUUCAGGAAUAUUUCCAGCUUGGUCUUCAGUCUUACAGUGAAAUUUUUACAUCUGGGAAAAUACCACUCUCUGAUGAAGAGGUUGCAGCUAGGAGGUACCGAACAGAUAUUGGUGAAACAUUGUAUACAGAUGGCUUUGUACACACUGCGAUUUUCUCUGAUAUGAAAGCUGGCAACAAAGUGGCUUAUUUCUUCACUGUGAAUUCAUCAGUACAUCACAACAUAAGGGUCAUUACUGUGUCAGAACGGUUCUCUCUUACAAACCUAAGUGGAACCCCCUAUCAAAUACAAAUGGUCUGUGUGCCGUUGGGUCACGGUAAGGUUACUCUCCCUACUGAAAAAGAACAAUGCAUUAUUCCAAGUCACAGCCAGUCCAAAGAUGCUGACAAUUUGAGCCCCCUAUUGUCGUGGACAGUCCUAUUACAAGAGAAACACCAAGGCAUUGAUUUCAAUCAGAAAAACAAUUUUGUUCAUUACAUUCGACUGCGAGAGAUUGAUAAAAGCAACCAAUAUCAAAUCCAUGAAUUAGAGCCUACAGAUGAAUCUGCUUGGUCUUUUCCUUUAAGAAUAACUUCCAGUAAAGCUGGUGUUCGACUUACAACUUCUGUGCCAAUAAAAGCCAGCAGCUAUGCAACAACUCGUCCCUUGGUUAUCAGUGGCCACACAGAUGAAGGACUUACUUACUUUGUGGCAGAGCAAGAUAAUUCUCCGGGUUGCUUGAUUUCAAACUGUUGUUCUUUCCCAGUUACCUACGGACAGACUUUAAUGAAUCUCAGCAUAAGUGAUGUAACAGUUUUAGAAGAAACAGAGUAUUUGGAUGCUCUUCCUACAAUAGCUGCUGGUAAAUGUGUAUAUUACACCAUGCCGUUUAUUAAUUCUACCUUCCCUGAAAUGCCAGGUAGCCAAAUAUUGCCAAAGCUUCAUAUUGGUGUUUCAUCACAGGACGACGUUUGUGGGACUACAAAAGCACGGUGGAGCAGUGGAAUUGAUAUUUUGUCACAUUACGAUACUUUUCUCCGUAUACCAAACUUUUCUGACAUCAAAGUUCAUGUGGAAAGAGUUAACAUGACAACAUACUUAAUUUUGGAACCUGUUAGUAAAGCAGAUAUAUCUGCAAAAGAAAUCCGCAGUCGAAUAAAAGGGCGGGAAACCACUGUUCUCAUCAAGGAUCAAAUAACAUCGGGUUCGAAGGAGACUGUUAAGAAAUCAUCAACAUUUUCAUCCGUUAUGUCCUUACAAAAAGCUAAUAUGCUAACAUCGUUAGAUCCCAAGUGGGACAUUUGUUUCAAUUGUGGCUGUUUACUCAAAAAUGUCUGUAUUAUCAUACUCGAUGAAAUGAGCUCGUCUGAUAUAAUUGGUGAAAUCUUAUGUAUCUCUCUGUCCAAUUUUUUCUUGGCACACUAUCCAGCAACGAACUUCCCAUCACAGAUGCUACAAAUGUCGAAAUCUUGUAGUAGCCUUUGCAUCGGUGACAUACAUGAUAAUCAACUAUUUCACAGAGCACAGUAUGAUUUCCCAGUCAUUCUCAUUCGUCAGCAGUCUCCAGCAUCAUCCAAAAAGACGACAAUACCUACGAUCGAGAGUCACAUGAGUGCAAUUGAAAAACAUGCUAUUUUGAAAUCUGACAGCUUUCUACAUUUACAAUUAGUCUUGGAGACUGACGUUUCAAAUUCUGGUUCCUUCAUCAGAGCUUUAGACAUUUCUGUACAGCCAUUGGCUCUGUUUGUUGAAGACGCCUUCAUUUAUCGACUUUUCAAAGAACUUCAAGCAUUCAUUCCAACUCCACUCUCCAGUGAACCUCAAGAGUCCAGUAGUCUAAAGCAUUUGCCACGAUCACUGUUGCAAGCGGCAAAAGUUCACAAUUCCCCAAUCAGAAUGCAAUAUUUGUGCAUCCAUCCUAUCAACACAUUACUCAGUGUACAUGCAUCAUUGAAGCUUUUCAUUGCAUCAGACCAUUCACCAUUAUCAUUUGGCAAGUUUGAGAAAGAUGAAAUCUUUACAUCAUGCCAACAUCUCAUUCGCUCAAUUACUAUGCAUUAUGCAUCUGGAGCCUUGUUUCGUGCAGGAAUAGUUGUUGGUUCUUUAGAAAUUCUUGGGAAUCCAACUGGUCUUGUGCGCAAUAUUGGCACAGGGGUGGCUGAUCUGUUCAAGCUGCCAAUCACUGGUCUAACACAAGGUCCUGGAGCUUUUCUUACCGGUGUAUCCCAGGGAAUGUCUUCAUUGCUGAGAAAUGUUACUGCAGGUACACUCACCUCUAUAACAAACUUUGCAUCCAGUGUAUCUCGAAAUAUGGACCGCCUCUCACUAGAUGCUGGUCAUCUAGAACGGCAGGAAGAAAAUCGAAGAAUUCGCCCAACUGGUUUAUCUGAUGGUCUCAAACAAGGACUAAGUGGUCUAGGAAUUAGUCUACUUGGUGCUAUUGCAGGGAUUGCUGACCAACCAAUUCAAGGUGUUUUGUCCUCGCAGCUACUCAGCGACAAUUCAUUAGCAAGCGGAUUUGUAACUGGAGUCGGUAAAGGGCUAGUUGGUGUUGUUACUAAACCAAUUGGAGGUGCAGCAGAGUUCCUUUCACAGACUGGUCAAGGUAUACUGCAUGGUGUUGGCUUGACUCAAGUGCCAAAAGCCCGGUUAAAGCCAUCCCUAGAACCUGUUCAUCAAGGAAGGAAUUCCAGUGUUAAAUAUCUCUUCAAAACACUGCAGUCUGUGAUGCCAGUAGCAACUCUCUUGAUGGCUGUUGAUGUCGUACAGUUUGACUUUGCUGGAUUAGGCUCCAAAGUUGUUCUUCUGCUGACCCCUGAACUGCUGUUUGUUUAUGAUUGUGAAGAAGACAUGUCUCUCCAGACAUUUGCCCUUGCCGAGAUAGAGUGUCCUGCUGCCACCAACUUGCGUGGCAAUAGUUCGGCAGCAGCUGGUGCUACUGCUGCUGCUGCUACUAGUAGUAUGGAAGACUUAGAGGAGGAUUCUUGUGUCCUUUCCUUCGUAUGGCAAGACCAGACAAAACAGAUGAGCUUCAAGGACCAACACCCAAACAAAGACCGAGUGACAGCCUUCCUUGAUAGCACACCAGGUUUCAUUCCUUUGCCAGGACUUAGCAGUGACACUGUUGAUAACGGAGCUGGUUGUAGUGUUGACAGUGGUGCUGGUGGUACUGUGGUAUGUGAUCAUCAGUCCAGCAGCAUCGCUUCAAGCCCAACACAAUCAACAGCAGCUCCUUAUUUUGAGUUUAGGGUUGAGCCACACUAUAGAGAAACUUUCCUGACUUUAUUUCAGAUGGCAAAGAAUAGGUUGGUUGGACGGGGCUUCCUCUUGUGAGAUUUCCUCUGGGGAAUGAGACACAAAACAUUUUAUACAAUAUCAGAAGGACUAAUAAAUUUGAUACUGCACAAUAUAUAUAUAUAUAUAUAUAUAUAUAUAUUGAAAUGGAUACAUUUAACUCUCUGAUGUUGGUACUGGUUUUAACGUGACUGCUUGUGACAUAGGCUGAUAUAACACUCUCUACUUGAAAGGAAACGGUUGCUGUUGUUGUGUGUCUUCUAUGAUUGCGCUGUUGUUUCAGUGAUGAGAUACAACCCUAUAUACACUCUAUAGCCACACGAAAAUUAAAUGCAGUGUGUGUGGAAAAUGGUCAUCUUCUUUUGAACUUGGUGGAUGGAAAAAAAAGAAAAAUUUAACAUGGAGUGUUUCUGUUAUUUUAUUUCUCUGUCUUUCAUUAUCUGUUGGUUACGGUCAACAAACUGUGUUUGUAUGUAUGUAUAUGUGUACACAUGCACAUGUAUCUGUAUACACACACUUCUCUUGUGGGAUUAACUUAUUACUUUGGUCAUAACCAUAGUAACCAUGGUUACUAGUAUUGUUAUUCGAAUUAUUUGUUGAUGUUGUUACUGCUUGAGUGACAUCAGAUCCUAACCUAUCAACAAGUGUUGUUGUAUAAAUGUUUACAACAAUAAUAGAUGUUACAAUAACAACUGUUAUAUUAGUAGUUGACAGAUGUUAAAGUCGGUUGGACUGACAACUGCUGUACUAACCAAACAUUGAUUGUUACAUUUAUAUUUAUUAUUAUUUUUUUUUGUUUUAAUUUCAAUAUUGUUAUCAACUAUUUAUCUAGUUUAUCCAGAAACGAUGAAAAACAUCCGUGAGAGAUGCUCUUUCUCAUUGUGUCACACCUACUUUGACCAGUCGUAACGAAAUCUGCUACGGUUAUCAGCAUUUGUUUGUCACAAGUGAUAAACAUCCAUAACAGUUGCUUAUUGUUUUUCGCUGUCACUCAAAUACUAUCAACCAACAAGCAGAUCUUUCACAGUUGCUCACUGCCUGUGUAUCACUAGUUGUAACCAUCAACCUCCAGAAACGUCCAUUGUGGUUACUGAAAUUUCUGCAACAGAACCAACUGAGACAGUGAAGUACUAGAAUAAAUACCUUCUUUAGAUCCAACCUUCCAGUUUGCUGAGCAGCUCGUGGGUUCAAAUCUUAUUAUGUCUCUUUAGGAUCACUAAAAUAAGUACCAAUAAAAUUACAGGUGUCUUCUUAGUUGGUUGUAAUCUUUCUCCUACAAAAAUUGUAUCUCAGUUCGACAGCUAUAACAGGGCUUUAUUUAACGUAUGUGUCACAUCUAUUGCAACUAUAAAAAUAUCAAAAGCUGUGGCAUGUUUUGUAGAAAAUAAUCCUUCUGCUACAUUUCUCUCCCACUGUUAACAACUGCCAUGUUUACUGUUUUGUCGUAUUCACUGCAGCAUGAAUAAUCCUUGAUGCGGUUGAUACUAUUUUUCUUUUUUUAUUUUGUGCAUUUACUGCCAUCUCCAAACAGUAACAACACCUGAGUGUUCUUUAGUUUUACAACAACAGUGACACCUGUAACUCAUCUUAUUCAUUCGUGCUCUUCCCUCCAACCCCUAUCCAGAUUCUUACUGACCAGGAUUUAUGGUGGUGGGUGGCUAAAGUUUUCCUAAAAUUUUUUUUUUUAUAUAAAUAUUUUUAUUUAAUACAACAUAAACAUUUAAAAUAGUCAUGUGGAAAGGAUGUAUCAUAAUUUAAAACAAAAAAAAUUAUGACGAAUUUGAGUAUUAAAAAGUUAUUAACACAUUCAUUAUUUUUUCUUCUUACAUAUCACAUCUGGUCAAUUUUUACCAGUCCUAAUCCUUAAACAUAACUUUGCUCCCUCCACUUCAAGUCCAGUUUGCUCAUCAGCAUUGUAUAGAUAAUCUUCUAAUAUCAAAAAUAAAAUUACAGCUAAUUUCCUUACACUCACAA